UGUGGACCCCACUCACAAACACAGCCACGCUUCACUCCAACUGAAAGUAGUAACAAACUCUCAACAUUUCCCCCUCUCUUCUUCCUUCUUUCUCAUUUCUUCAUUUUCUUUUUGUCUUUAUUCUCACUUCACUCUCCAAACGCUACUAAUGAAAUUCUAGAAACUUCUUCUCUCUUCACCUUCAUCUUCCUUUGUUCUGUUCUCGAUUUUAUAAUUGAACGAUGGAUUUUGAGGCUUCUGAUGUGAGGGAACCUGUUUUCUGUGAUGACUUUGAAUCGGAAGAUGGUGAUGAUUUUCUUUUGCUAACUAGGAUUUCCCCGAUUGCGAGUUUGGGAACAUGUAGUAAUAAACGUCAUGUGUCUGUUAAAAGGAAAUUUGAUAAUAGCGAUUCCUUGCAUAUUAAAGCUAAGAAAUCAAAGGUGUCAACAUAUGAUGAUCACGACAAAGAUAAAGACGAAGAUGAUAUUCAUUUGUCGGAUAAAAUUAUAAGGCCGUGCAAGCCAGGUGAUAAUUCAUUUUCGUCGCUGAAGAGAGACCUUGCAUUGUUAGAAAAAUUAUUUGCGGAAGGCAGAAGGAAGACGAGAGUAGAAGAGAAGAGAUUGCAGUUCAUAAAGAGAGAGAUUGAGGAGUGCUGUAAAGAGCUUGAAAGUAAGAAAAAGAAAGUUAGUUUUGUUAGAAGAAUGAAAGAAGCUCACAACAAAAUGCAGGGGAAAAUUGAAGAAUGUAUAAUGGAUUUUGUAGUGAAGGAAGGACAGCUCUAUUUGAUGGAGGAUUUGAUUGGAGAGCGCAUGCAAGAGCUCAAAGCGAAAGAGAUUGAACUUAAUCAAGUGAAGGGUAGCAUUUCAAAAGAAAUAGAACUUCGUCAAGUCAUUGAUAAAAUUGAUAAGGAAUGUGGGAGGAAGGAAGAUGAAUUCAAGGCUCUUUCCCAAAAAAUUGACGAAUGUACUUUGGAACUUAAGGCCAAAGAGAAGGAACUCGAUGCAAUGAACAGAUUAAUUGGCGGGCAAGCAGAAGAAUUAGAGUCCGAAAGGAAGAAGUUAGAGGGUAAAGAAAGGGAGUUUGAAUGUCAAAUGAAAGAGUUGGUAUCGAAACAAAGGCAUUUGGAAAGCCGAUUGGAGGAGCUUGAGUCAAAUGAGAAGCAUUUUGAAAUCCGAUUCAAGGAGCAUGAAUCAAAAGAAAGAGAUUUUGAAGGCCGGGUGAAGGAGAUGGAAUCUAAAAAGAAGCACUUUGAAAGACGAGUGUAUGAGUUAGAGUCAAAAGAAAACAUACUUGUAGGGCGGGUGAAGGAGUUUGAAUCCAAAAAGAAAGAGUUUGAAUUACCCCUGAAGGAGUUGGUAAAGAAACUGGAAUCAAAACAGAACCAUUUCAACCGAGGGAUGAAGGUGCUUGAGUCUAUAGAGCAAAUUGAAGGCAUAGUAAAGGAACUUGAAUCAAAAGAGAGAGAACUUGAAGACCAUGUGAAGGACAUUAAAUCAAAAGAGGAGGACCUUGAAGGUCGAGUGAAGGACAUAAAAUUAAAGGAGGAGGAACUUGAUGGUCGAGUUAAGGAGUUUGAAUCAAAUAAGAAUCAUUUUGAAAGCCAAUUUCAAAACUUCAAAUCAAAAGAAAAGCAAUUUGAAGGAUUGAGGAAAGAAUUUGAAUUAAGAAAGAAUAAGUUCAAAGUAAAGGUUAAGGAGCUCAAUUUAAAAGAGAAGCUGUUUGGAGGUCAAGUCAAAUAUCUUGAGUCAGAGAUGAAUAAAAUUGAUAGACAACUAAAGGAGCCCGAGUUGACAGAAAAACAAUAUGAAGUAUUAACAAAAUAUAUUGCUGAAGAAAAAGAUUCAGGAUUGCAGUUGGACUCAAAUGAGAAAACUGAUGGGGUUGAGUCACUUUGCUGUGGUGUUUUAGUAAAUCUGCUAGAAUCAUCAGAUCCAGCAAAACUUGUGUUGGAUAUAAUACUGAACCCCACUAUUCCACUUUGUGAUAAGAAAGGAGACCAUGCUGUGAUUAUUAAUGAUAGCCACAUCAAUCUGCUAGAACAAUUGAUGACAAUCUCACCAUAUAUCAAACCUAGUGUACGAAAAGAAGCAUUGAAGCUGGCACUUGAUUUGAAAGCUAACAUGAAGGAAAAUACUGAAAAUUAUCUGUCGGUUCUUGGUUUUCUACUGCUUUUGUCCAUUUAUGGAUUGGUUACUUUUUUUAUUGAAGAUGAAAUUUUGGAGUUUUUUGCACCUGUUGCUCAUUACAAGAUAGCUGCGAAGCUGUUCAAGAACCUGGGCUUUGCGAAUAAAGUUUCUGAUUUUGUUGAGAAUCUUAUCAAGAGAAAGCAAAUUGUUGGAGCUGUUAGAUUCAGUUGUGAAUAUAACUUGGCUGACAAGAAUCAACUAAUUGAUCUCUUGCAAGAACACAUCCGGGAUGCCAAACAGAUAUGUGAGAUCAGUUGCAACAACAGCAACUCCAAUGAAAUCAAGGAUAAGGCGAGAGAUCGAGAAAUUGCUUGUCUGGAAACUGUUCUACAGUGCAUUUCAGAUCACGGCCUAGAACAUAAGGUUCUGUUUAACAAGGAGAUUAAAUAUCGCAUUCUUGAGCUAAAAGGAUAUAAAGGCAAUUAGUUUUCUUCUUGAACAACUUGAUGCAAGAAUUUAGUAAUAGUUUGUUGGGUUAACUUAAUUAUAUCACUAUUUGUAAAGCUGUAAAUCUUCAGACGCCAAAAGAUAUUUGUAAUGAAACUCUGUUUCUUUUA